AUGGCACCCCGCAAGCAGCGAGCGAACUCACCGGAGUUUCCCAUCCUAGAAUCCAAUGGCCUGUAUGCCAGCAAUAUAAGGGGUGAUGGCAACUGCCUGUUCAAUGCUCUCUCUGAUCAGCUCUACGGUAAUCAAGAGAUGCACGCAUCCCUUCGAGAGGCCACCAUUGAGCACAUGCGGGAUAAUUCAGAAUUCUACCGUCAAUAUAUGGCUGUCAACAAUCUACGGAGAAACCCCAAACGCACCACCACCUCUGCCCAGACGACACGCAUCGACACCACAUACUAUACAGAAGAACAGCUACAACAGCAGUUCGAAGAGCAUGUUGAGAAGAUGGGCCAGCCUGGUGAAUGGGCGGACAACAUGGAGGUCUCGGCGUUUGCCUCAGCUCUCAAUGUGCACGUUCGCCUCUGGCAGGCUGACUAUACCUACGUGUUCUCACCACGACUAUAUUACUCGCAAAACGACGACCUGAGCGCUGAAGAUGAUAGGAGGACAUUGCACAUUGCCUAUCAUACUUGGGAGCAUUACUCCUCAGUACGCAACACCGCAGGGCCUCACGUCGGCGAGCCUAACGUAAAGUUCAACGCAGAAGGACUUUCGAAGAAACGGCCAAGUCCUAGCGUAGAUGGCGAACACGACGACCAAGCCUCGCGGACACGAAAACGCCGUUCACCCCUACACCUCUUCGACUCCGAUUCUACACCUGAAGGCAGCGAGACUUCGUCAGACGAGUCGAGUGGCGUCAUGUCGAGCUUUCAGCAAACACAGCUCGACCUUCCACCAGUGCCAGUGGCGAGGGCUCCAAAGCUGACACUCAAGCUUCGGUGCCUGAGGACAACUGACCCUACACCCUCACCCGCACAAACUCGGUCGUCCACGCCAGCUCCUCUCACCCCUGCAUCAACCGGUACGACACCUGUGCCUUCACAAAUACCGAUAAGCACAGCAGCAACAGCUCCGUCCGCCCCUCAGGCUACAGCUAAGACGCCUUUGUGCAUACAACUACUCACACCCACCGCAACUCCAGCCUUAGAAACGGCUUCGAGUACAUCCACAGUAACAUCAUAG